UUCUUUUUUUACAGCCGUCUUCAAGGAACCAGGGAGCAUUAUUUAUGUUUCUACACGGUCGUAUCUACCUAAAAUGCAGCAUGAAUGCGGAAAUGAGUAAAAUAAAGCAUUACCAAUCUGCUGUUUGUUUUUAGUUUAAACACAUAGUAGCGGCUUAAAACGCAUAAUUUCAAAGAGGGUGAGCGGGGGAAGGUUUUAAUUUUUCGAGUGGCAGAAAACGAGACUGCUCCAAAACAAUCGUCACGAGCUAAAGGUCAGCCAAUCAGAUGGGCGGAAGUUUAACGUUGCGGUAAUCCGGUUCAGACAUGACAAGUGCGGCCGACUGAACCUGACCUCACUCCUGAUUUUUCUGCCCUGCAGGCUCUGAAAACUACACUUUGCACCGUUUCCCCGCUGAGCCGGACGCGUGUGCUACAUGCCACGGUGGACUGAUGUGUGUUACGACCAGACGCUUUUGUGCAGGAGGAGAUUUUUUCCCCUUUGUGAGCUAGUUUGGUCCGUCAGUCAGCGGGGAUGUUGUGCGUGGGGGAGCUGGAUGAGCAGCGAGUAGCCUGACGCGUCCUCUCACCGCAGGCCGGACGGAGUGUUUCAGCUGAGCCCGGAGGACCCAGACACUCAGAUGGGAGCCAGGAAAGCCUCGGGAAGCUUGUGCUAAUAAACGGGGUGCUUGGAUACAGAUAGCCUGCUCCAAACUGCCUCACCAAUUCCUGCUGAAAGUGAGACCCGACCAGCCUUCACGGUGGAAACGAGAAGAAGAGCAAAGAUGAAUGCUGUGCGGGGGGGCACAGUCACCUGGCGUCCCCAGCCGUGGCAGGAUGGGGACGGGGGAGGAGGGGAGCCUCUGUCAGACAGCGACUCGGAGGAGGAGGACUUCCCCGAUGACAGCACCACACCGUUGGGAGACUACAUCACACAUGGAUUGAAGCAGCUCCUGGAUGCUCAGCAGCUGUGUGAUGUUACUCUGCUUGUUGAGGGGAAAAAGUUCAUGUGUCACAGAGUCCUCUUGGCAGCUGUGAGCCCGUACUUCCGGGCCAUGUUCACCAGUCCUCUCGUGGAGUCUCGCCUCACUGAGAUCCGACUGGAGGAAGUGACGCCGUCUGUCAUGGAGACUGUCAUUCAGUUUGUGUACACCGGUGAGGCGGGGCUCUCUCUGGACACAGCUGAGGAUCUGUUUGUGGCCGCCAACCGGCUUCAGGUCAUGCCCCUGCAAGACCUGUGCUCCAGGUUUCUAUUUGAGCACCUCUCAGUGGAUAACUGCCUGGGGAUGUACUCUCUGGCUCGCUCUCACCACGAUCAGCUGCUUCUGCGUGCCUCCCUGAGGCUGGUAGCUCAGCACUUCCCCCGGGUGGCCCGGCAGAAAGACUUCCUCCUGCUAGACCACGGCACCUUAGGCAGCCUGCUGAGCUCCGACCGCCUUGGGGUGGACUCUGAGGCGGAGGUCUACGAUGCAGCACGCCGCUGGGCAGAGCACCAGCCCCUGGAUCGCUACGCUCACAUGCCAGCACUUCUUCACCACCUGCGGCCAGGACUGCUGUCACAGGAAGAGAGCCGAAGACUCAGCCAGGAGUUGGGCCCCGCUGCAGCUGGUGAGGGCCUUGGGGGGCCACUAAGACCACGGGAGGGCAUGUUUGAGAAAAAAAUAGUGUGUGUGGACCUGACACCUCGGGAAGAUGAGAAUUUAGCUGCAAGAGACUACACAGUGGACUGCUUUGAUCCCCGGACAGGGAAGUGGGAGAAGUUAGCAGCGCUGGGUUCACUGGUGAGUCCUGGCUGCACGGCUGUGGGUGACAGGCUGUUUGUAGCUGGAGGGAUUCUACGGACAGGCUCUGUGUCUGCAGCGGUGCAUGAAUAUGAUGCUGUAUUGGACCGCUGGAUAGAGCGGCCUUCGAUGGUCCAGCCCCGGGCUAUGCUAGGCCUCCUGGGCUGUGGAGAGUCACUCUAUGCCUUGGGUGGCAGUAACCGCUCAGCCCUACUUGACUCCAGUGAGAUCCUGGAUCUGGCUACACUUCAGUGGGUUCCCGGGCCGCGGUUACCGCUCCCUCUGCGCGCUUUCGCCUGUGCAGCACUGCGUGGACGACUCUAUCUUCUAGGUGGAACCACACUUGAACAGAACCGGGCUGUGGUUCACUCUGUGGUUCACUCAGGGGUGCUUAUUUAUCACACCUUGACAGACUGCUGGACACGUGUGGCACUUGACUCUGGCGCAACCUGCCUCGCUGGAGGUGUGGCGGUGCGAGGAGGAGUCUGUGCAAUCGGGGGAUACAUGAGGGAUACCACCAAGUUCCUGGAUGGAAACUACACCAAUCUGGAGACUUUAGACGCCACUGGGCGUGUGCUGUUUUUCAGAGAGGGCCGGGGGUCUGGAGUAGAGAGGGAGGUGACCGGCGGAGGAGUGAUGGUCACUGCGGAGCAGCGAGGGGGUGCAGGUGGUGGAAGCGACCGAGCCCCAAGCCCUGUGGUUUUUCCUGGUCUGCCACGGCGGAUUGCAGCUGGGGGGGUGGCCAGGUGGAAACGGAGGAUUUAUGUGUUGGGUGGGGAAAACGGCUCGCGGUUCUAUGACAGUGUCUACUGUUGGAAGCCCGGCUGGCGGAGCUGGGUCCAGAGACGUGAGAAACUCCCUGGAGACACUGGAGGGGUGAGCCAGUUUGGGUGCACCACUCUAAAAUUCCCCAAGAAACACAUCCUGUCCAGACUGAGACUAGCCAAAGAAAACUGCAAGAAGGCCGCUGACUAGCUUGACAGGGAGACGAGUCGAGGCAGCCGUUCAUGUGACACAGAGAUGAGCUCCAGGCUGAGUUUGAAUGAGCUCCUCCUUGACCUCAAGAUAUGUUGGUGUUGAGUUGAAGUCACAAGGAAAAGACCAUUUUAUACAUUCUGAGAGCAACAAUGGACUCAAUGCAGACAGAUCUUGUUAAUUUUAUUAUAGUAGAUCGUCAAAUGUACAGGCAGAGAGCAGGUGGGGCCAGAAACAGGGUCAAAGUCAGGCAACACGCACCUGAAUGUAACCUAAUUUCUAUAUCUCAGAACAACAAAGUCCUUAAGUGAGAGAAAAGGGCCUUUUUAAUUGUUUUCUCAAAGUGUAACAUUAUUUUCAGCUUUUUGCCAGUGUAAUAUUUUUUCAUGGCUGUCAGGAAAUCAUUCCAAAGCAGCGGACUCUAGUUUAGUCAAAAAGAUAUGCACAUUCUUACAGACUGCUAUGUUCCACUUUCAAACAACUUUUAUUAGAGACUGAAAUGCAGAUAUUUGUGAUGUAGGAUAAAUGGCUUGGGUUGUGUUCUUUACUUCUGAAAUGUAGUAAGUCAGUUUUUAAAAAUUUAAAUGCAUUUUCUGUUGCAAAGAGUGUGAUAAUUGUGAUAAUUAUAAGUUUCAUCUGUUUUUCACGUUAGAUGUUUUUGAGAGUAAGCAUGUCCUUGUUUCCUGCAUAAUGUAGGCCGUUGUUAGUGCAAUUAAAGGCUAUACCGAUAACUUGACAUGAGAGGAAACACAGCCCAGCAAACACAUCAUAACAUCAACAUAUUUUUUUCACUGGGCCAAGAAAUGUUUUUCUUGAUGAAUUUUUAUUAUAAAAGCAGUGCAGGGUUACAUUUUCUGUUCUGUCUGUCUUUGUCAUAAUACUUGAAGCCCGUCAUAGGAAAGACUGAGCAGUUUCUCAUCCCAGGAAAAGUCAGUCCCUGUACUGAUAUCUCAGUUCAUACUCUUAUUUAAAUGAAGGACAUCAGUCUUGUGUUUUAUGUGACAACUCGUACGUUUCAGUGGCUCACUCGUUCAAUGUUCAUCCUUCACAUCAGGACAGUCUGAUCUACCUGUCCCAAGAUGCUCCUUGGUGAUGGUGCAGGGACUAGAUUGAACUAUUGCAAGCCUUACCGGCCUCACUACACAUACAGUCAAACCCUUCCUGUGGAUCCAGAAUGGCAGCUUAUGUGUUUAACACGGGCCAGAAAGCAUCUUUUAACCUGGUAGAAACUGUUCUUAUGUUUGGUGUUUUGAAUGCUCUUAAGGUGCUGUCUAGUCAAAGAAGUGGAACAUAGCAGUGGAAGAAAUGUGCAGAUAGGGCUGGAUGAAAUGGAAAAAAUGACAUAUGAUAGUCAGAUCACCUCCCAGUCAUUCUGGGUGAAAUCUUACAAAGGAACAGUGUUUUGUUAGUUUCCACAACAAAAUGUAUCUAUUUAUGGUAUUUAAAAGAUCCCACUGUAAAAUUACAGUGAUACAUUCAUAGGGGUGUCGUGCAGCCCAAUGUGAGGAUGACCUUCAUUAUCUUCGUGUCUGGACUGUCGCUCUAACCAGCAACCUUACAAAACCUUCAAGCCAGUUGUCUUUACUUGAUUCAGCAGCUGUGUCAAUUUUUUUUGUUUCAGUUGCUCCAGCCAUAGGACUUUUUUGAAUGUAGUUUGCACGGAGGUUAUGAAUUAUCUGAACACAUUAGCAUUGCACCUUAUUUAUUAAAGUGUUUUUUUUGUUUUUUUUUAAAGGUUUUAGUUUUUUUGAAAUGGUAACUUACUCUGACUGCAGUGCUCAGACAUUAUGUAGGAUGGCAAGCUUAGACAGGCCUGUCGAAUAGAAUCUGAUGUAUUUAGAUCUGAAAGAUGCUGAGGUUGGUAAAGUAACUCAAUUCCAAAAUUCCAGCUUAAUGAAAGGUAGAAAGCUUGCCCAGAAAUGUAAGCACAUUGUUUUGUUGCAAGCCGCUAUGUUUUCUUUGCUCUGUUCUCUUGUUUUCCUUUUUAUUUAUUCAAAUUGAUCAAAUCCAGAUACUCCUGCUGGAGAUACAAGCAUAUGAGAAAUGCCACCAGCUGUGUCUGAAAAUGGAAAACUUUUUACCAAUGUCGUCAUUACUUCAUUGCCAAGAUUGCAAAUUAUCAAUCAGGGCCAUAAAAUAUAAACUAUGAACUUUUUGCCAUUACAGGAAUUGAAGACACUUAAUGCUUCAUGUCAGGAAUAUAUACAUUGCACCACUGCAUGCCAGACAUUAACUUUAUUCCUAAAUGUGACUUCAUGAUUAGUGAACAAGAUUCACUAUCAAUUUAAAAUCAGAUAUUAAGAUGUAUACAGGAUGUGUUUCUGUAAUUGCAAAAUUAGAUUUUUUCACCCCCAAUUCUGACUGAGAGCAACAAAGCAGAUUUAUUUAUUUUAUUUUAUUUAUUUAUGUUUACUGAAACAGUAAAUCAAUGUCAGUCAGAAAACUAACAGUUUAGACCCGUUACAAAGUAUUAAUUAAUUUUCUCGCAUAAACUAACCGUAUCGCAGACCAUUCAUGAGCCAGGAGCACUGAAGCCAAAUUCAUGCAUCUUCCUUAAGAAGAGUCAAGUUAAUCUCAAAACUCAGCUUUCCACCGCUUCACUCUAUAUCAUACAGGAUCAACACACUGUCUCUCAACCAAUAAAAUCAAUAGUACAUUUCAUCAUUUUCAGUCAAACCAUAGUCCCAAGUAGAACUUUCCAAAGUGUUACAAUGAGUUAAUCUCCCUCGAGGACAGAAGUGGAACUUCCCUAACUUUCCCAGCUAACAGCAGAUGUUUAACACGUUAACUGACAUUUGAACUGCUUUCAUUUAUUUGCUCUUCAAACUGACAUUUCAGCUGUUUUCAUCUCUUGCUCUUAUCCAAAAGCGGUGAGUCAAGAGCAACUGGACCUGUUGUAGAUUCUUGGAAGUUUCACCUCUCAUCCAAAGGGCUUGUCAUGUGACUUUAACAGCUGUCACAUGAUGGAUAAGAGGACUAAUGAACCACAUGUGACCUCAACGACCUUGAAGGUGUAAACGACCCUACAGAGGUUAAAUACCUGGGACAUCCCACCCGUCAGUCAUAACUGGAGAAGCUUUUUGGAUGGGAAAUGUCUUCAGGAAGUCCAGUUGCUCUCGACUUCACGACAUCUGACAACACGUCAACUGCUUUCAAUGGUUACACAUCAAUUUACAUUUCAAUUUUUCUUCAAAAUCACGCUUCAACUGCUUUCAGUGGUUACACAUCAACUUUCAGCGAUUCAGCUUUUUUUUUAGCUUCUUUUAGUAGUUUUUUAGUAUUUUGAUUGCAACUUUAACUGUUGCAGUAUUUCAUCUGUUUUCAGUGUUUCAAUGACAAAAUUUCAGCAGUGAGCACAUGUACAUUUUCUUUAGAAAUUUUAACCAUUUCUAGUGGAUGCAUAAAAUCAGUCAGUCAGUAUUUUUUAAGUGUCUUCCAUGAUAUCUUUUCAUUUUCUUGUUCAGUGUACUCAGGCGGGCUUUGAUAUGUGAAGAUGUAGUGGUGUAUCGAUACAUAAAAACGUCACUUGUGCUUCUUUCUGCCUUUCAAUCUGCCAGUGCCAUUAGCAGAUAUAGCAGGGGUGACUCUGUGUUAGAUGGGGGGGCUCUUUUUUUGCCCCCACUGGUGGCUCAGAGAAGGUCAUUGGGGCAAGUCAUUGAUUUAAAAAGGACAUGCUUAUCUUUAACUCCUGGUGAUAGAGUGUUACCCAGCAGUAGCAGAGUUAUGGAUUCAUGCUCCAUCUCUGUAGUGGUGCUGCCCUCCUGUACAGAGAAGCCUGAAGCCCUGUUCAUGAAAAGUUAGAGGGCAGCUGGGAUGUUUGGGCUCGUGACAUUUGAUAUUCAAGGAUUGAUACCUGCUGAGUAUGAUGCAAUCUGUACUGUGUGGAUCACCAAAAUGCAUUUAAAGGAUGAGAAGGAAAAUAGUUAGUAAGGUUCCUGAAGUUUAUUUCAGUAGGAAGUUCACUAGUUGAGCACACAAUGAAGACAGUUUUUUGUCAUUUUGGUUAAGAGGUGUGAGUUUAAGUUUGUGUUUAUAGGAAAUAAAUAUCACGCUGUCUGUGUUAAAUACCACGACAUGCUCUGAAUUUCCCCCCUGAAAUGUCAAAUGAAUUGAAUUUCUUUUACUUUGUGUGCUUACAGCUUGUAUGAAAUGUGAAAAGUGACUGUGUACGCAUGCACGUUUUCUAUGCUGAGGCGUAAAUCUGUUCAACACAAGCUCUUUGCACACAUACUGUACACAGCCACAUUCUGUAUGUCCAUUCAGAGAACUAAAGCUGCCCUCAUUUGUACAAUCUAAUGAAAUUUGUGAACUGAAAGGCAAAUGGAUGUUUUGAUGAGAUAAACGAUUAAAGGACUAUUUGCUUACA